AUGCGGCCGACGUUAGUGAGACCUGAUCUGGGGGAGAUCCACGACCGAUUCGAGCUGGGAAUUGAAGGAGCAUCCAGUUGCCCGGGCGAGCGACCGUGUCCACGACGAAUGCGUGUUUUGAAACGUCUGGUAUUGACGACUUAUGAGCAGUUGAUGGACAUGAGUGACGACAACGUGACCCAUUCCGACUGGGCCUGGAGCAUGCGGAUGGUGGUUGAGACGUGUUUACGGGAGAUUAUGCAACUGGGUCUGAUGCGUACCAUCUACGACCUGGUGUUUUCGCUCCAUUGUGGCUGUAUGGGGGCUCCCGUGACGCGAGGGCGCCUUGACAAGUACUCGACCAAGUAUGGCAGCUACCAGACCACGUUCAAGGAUGCCUAUGAGAUCACGUGCGACUAUUUCCGGCUGUAUCGACUUGAUGAGAAGAAACUGAAGGCGUUUUGUGCCCAGCAUGAUCAGGAUACCGCUCUGGAGAUUGUGUUGGCAGCCAUUGGGGGGGAGAAACCGCCAAUGGUCGAUGAGGAGGCUCGCGAGACCGUGAGGGAGAUUCGAAACAGCAUCUGGAAGAGCGCGAGAGAGACGUAUUUCAAGCUCAAGAACGACGGGCGCGAAACGUAUGAUUUGGACGUUGUUUUCGACAAUGAAGAGCCGCCGUUUCCAAACCACGUUUUCAUGAGUUUGGCGAGCCAUUUUUUCGCGGACCAUGGUUGGUUGCCUGUUGGUGACAAUGUGGGCAUAUUCAAGGACCAGAAUAUGACUCUUAAGGCUCGCCGAACCGCGUCUCCGGACCUGUUGGAUCGUUUGGGGGUCAUGUUUAACCACCAUGGCAUUGUUCUGCCGGCUUGGCUGUCAUCUUGGACGGGUCUGCCUGAGUCUGCUCGGCGGGCCCUUCCCGAAACCAUGUGGAUGUCUGAUUCGGGGCGAUUCAGCAUGGCUGUUUACAAGCCUGCGUUCGAACGGGAGAAGCUGUUGAUCGACAUGUUUCCUGCCGCCCGGAAUCUGCCCGCUUCUGUUCUUUUGCGGGUGUCGUUGUUUAUGCACCAGACCAACGCGCUCAACUCCAACGUGCUGCUUCAUAUGGAGGACUACUUCCGGACUCGGACGGAGGGGCGGUAUCAGGGUAUGCCGGAAAAGGACCCCCGUGGAGGCAAUAUCCGAGUCGAUCUAGACACAUGUUUCAGAGAAAUGGUGGCCUGUAACUUUGGCUUCGACAAAGUCAUCAAAGACGGCCAAAUGCCGGGAUUCGAGAGCUUUCAAAAAACAGGGAAAAUCACCGGACUUCCGUUUUCCAGUCGCUGA